ACUUUUCACGUGUUACCAAUACUUUACAUCAGAAACCUUACGGGUCUUACCUUACACCACAUUUGGCACUAGUAAUGUCCUAAUGAUUCCAUUGCAUAUAUUCAGAACAACGAUAAGAACAAUCAGCUUUAUACACAGAAAAGUAUCAGCCGUACGUUACGUGUCAAAUUAUGUGGAUUCAAACAUACGACGUCAGAUUUUAGAUUGUUUACAAUCGCAACGGAUUUGCACAUCAGCAAGAUACAUGGCUACCUCAGAAAAAGUUGAACCUACUUGUGCACAAAAUGAUCAGUCAAAAGAACCCAUCAGAUUUCAAACAGAUGGUUCGGAAGCUUCCCAAACCUCACCUAAUGGUCUCUCAGAAACAGAUGUGCAUCCAAAAGCAUCGCCCCCAGUCUCUGUACUUGGAAUGAAAGUCCUUGAUAAAGAGAAAUUCUUGAAGAAAGUCACAGUGCAAGCAUUACCCGUAAGAAGAAAAAAAAUGAAAUUGCUUGCUAAAUAUUUUGGAGAGUGGACAUUUAAAGAAUGUCCUGUAACUGUGAAGGGAAUGGGCACAGAAAAAGAAAAAGAUUUCAAAAUUGUAGUUUUUCAUCCAGAUAAAGUUACAUGUGUGGAAGAUCUUGGAGAGGAUUUUAAAAAUAAAUUGAUUGAAGCUGAAGUUGACUUGAGUGAAUGGUUUGAAGAUGAUGUAGAAUUGAACUAUGACAGUUGGAAAGCUAAAGAAAUUUUACUGGCAAUAAUUCCAAAAGAGUUGGGGAAUGUGUCUGGCUAUUCAAUUGUUGGCCACAUCAUACACUUGAACCUGAGGGAAAACCUUCUUGAGUAUAAAGAAAUCAUUGGUCAAGUGCUAUUGGAAAAACACCACUAUAUCAGAACAGUUGUGAACAAACUCAGCACCAUUGACAACACUUUCAGAAACUUCAAGAUGGAGAUUCUCGCAGGUGAAGAUGACACCAUUACAACAGUCAAAGAGAACGGAGUUACAUUUAAAUUUGACUUUGCAAAAGUCUACUGGAAUACAAGACUAGGUACUGAACAUGCCAGGAUUGCUAAUCAACUCCAGAGGGGGGAUUUGAUGUUUGAUGUGUUUGCUGGAGUUGGACCAUUUGCAGUUUUAGCAGGAAGGAGGGGUGUUGAUGUGUUCGCCAAUGACUUAAAUCCUCAUUCUUACGAAAGCUUGCUGGAAAAUGCUACCCUCAAUAAGAUAAAUACAAAAGUGACCUGUAGCAAUUUGGAUGGAAGAGAUUUCAUCAGGUCUGUGAUGAAACCUGAACUUCUCAGAAGAUGGCAGUUAGAUUAUAUGAACAUUCACAAGACCUUUGUUGUUAUGAAUCUGCCGGGGUUAGCUGUGACGUUUCUCGAUGAAUUCAUAGGUUUAUUAUCGGACAAAGCUUGUGACCAGGACGAAUACCCAGACCAUCUCUUGCCUUUUGUUCACUGCCAUGUCUUUGGGAAAGCAGAUGAUACUAGGCAAGCUGCCAGGGAGCUUGCAGAGGAGAACCUAGGGGAGUCACUACCAGAUGAUGCCACCAUAAAGUUUGUGAGGAAUGUGGCCCCUAACAAGGACAUGUAUUGUGUGGCCUUCAAUGUUCCAAGACACCUUCUAUUUAGGAGUGACAAAAACACUACAACAUCACAACAACAUGCAAAUGAAGAGCCCCCAGAAAAGAAGAUGAAACCAUGUGAUGAACAAUGAUGUUAUUCUCCUGUAGAUCAUGCUCUGAUGCCUUCAAUAAUGUUCAAAUUGGUAUAAAAUUUCAAAAUACCUCAGAUCAGAAAAUGAAGCACUUGAAUAUAAAUAAUCUCUCUUAACUGCAGAGUUGAAGGUAUAAUAAACCUUAUAUUAUAUUGGAGGCACGGUAGUCUAGUGGUAGGACAACGGACUUGUGAACGAAGGGUUGCAAGUUUGAGUCACGGCACGGCACUGUGUUGUAUCUUUGAGCAAGAUACUUUACUCCACUUGUUCCAGUCUACUGAUCAGCUGUGAAUGAGUACCAGGUUGGGCAGUGCUAGAAUUGUUGAAUGCUAGCUGUGAGUGCCAAAAUGGCAGCACCGACUGUAUGCUCCCCA